GGUAAUUGGUAUAUGAUGUAUAAAUACCAACUGCUGAGGCGCUAUAAAGCUAAGACACAAACAAAAUUCAUAACCGAUGUGUUUGAUUUCGGGAAAAUGUUUUUCAAAGGCUUAUCGUUUCUAACCAUCGUCGUUGUUUUCUUGGCUUUGGCUGUAAAGGAUUCAUCGGCUACCGCAAUUGCAACUCAUGAUCAGACUGUUGGCGAUUUUGUUGAAGCUUUGGUUGAUGUUGUUCUGUUUGCGGUAUUAGAACUGGUAACUGAUCUGCUGACAGCUCUACAUCUGGAUACAGCUAUUUUAGGUACACUAGGACAUCUGCGGCCUGGCCUUCUUCAUAAUAUUGUUUCGACAGUGGUUGGUCUAUUAAGCAGCCUAUUGUAACUUUCAUAUGAUCUACCUCAAGCAUAAAACCGAUGCAAAAUAGAUUUUCAUUGGAAAAAUGGCAUUGAUGUAAACACAAGUUUAGAACGAUCUUCUUUGGUACACCAAUGACAGACAUUAAAGAAAUAUAAUUUGAUUUUAA